UGCGCGUCAGCAGUUUAUCAGAGAGCUCUGUAGCCAGCCUCUUCUGCGCACCCACCUGCGACAUCUUAGUUCAGCCGGCUCUUAGAGUAGUAACCGCCAGAAAGGAGUCGGAAGAGGUCCCACGAGGCUGUCGUCAUCGCCAUGCCCAAGAAUAAAGGCAAAGGAGGUAAAAACAGGCGCAGGGGUAAAAAUGAGAAUGAAUCUGAAAAAAGAGAGUUGGUGUUUAAAGAGGAUGGACAAGAGUAUGCUCAGGUAAUCAAAAUGUUGGGAAAUGGACGACUGGAAGCAUUGUGUUUUGAUGGUGUAAAGAGGUUAUGCCAUAUCAGAGGGAAAUUGAGAAAAAAGGUUUGGAUAAAUACAUCAGACAUUAUAUUGGUUGGUUUACGGGACUAUCAGGAUAACAAAGCUGAUGUAAUUUUAAAGUACAAUGCAGAUGAAGCUAGAAGCCUGAAGGCAUAUGGCGAGCUUCCAGAACAUGCUAAAAUCAAUGAAACAGACACAUUUGGUCCUGGAGAUGAUGAUGAAAUCCAGUUUGACGAUAUUGGAGAUGAUGAUGAAGACAUUGAUGAUGAUUUUAUUAUCAAAAUGCUCCUGGCCUCAUAGAAACAGGUGUGGAGGAGUCGCUUCUCUUCAUUUUUUUUUCUUUUUUGAAAUAGUUUUAGUGGAAUGGCAUCAACUUAUUUUUUAUAUACGUCUGGUAAAAUUCAGCUUGUCCUGUGCUGCUUUUGGCUCAUAAGCUUUAUUACUGGUUCAGUUUUGUAACUAAUUUUUACUUUAUUCAGGAUUUCCAUUUCUUUCUGGUUUAAAGUUGUGAGUUUGCUUGUUCUCAGACAUUUAUCCAUUUUUAUAAUAGUCUCUGAGGGAUUCUUUGUUUUUUUCUUUGGUCAGUGGUAGUGUCAUUUCUUAAUUAUGUUUAUUUUGAUAUUUUUUCUGUGUUAAUUUAGUUCGUGACUGUUGAUCUUAUUCUUUCAAACAAGCCCAUGAAUUGGUUGAUCUUUUGUAUGGUGCUUCGCAUCUCAAUUAUGUUCAAAUCAGCUCCAAUUUUGGUUAUUUCUUCAUUUCUGCUAGCUUUGUGGUUGGCUUUCUUUUUUUUUUUUCCCCCUGGUUCCCCUAGAUACAGUGCUAUGUUGUUAAUUUGCAGUCAUUCUCACUUUUUGAUGUGGGCGUUUAACACUGUAAACUCCUUUUAACACUGUUUUAGCAGUGUCUCAGGGGUUUUAUUAUGUUGUACCUUUCUUUUCAUCAGUGGCUAAUACAUUCUUGAUUUCUACCUUAUUUACUUAAAGGUCCUUCAGGAACCAGUUGUUUAAUUUCCAUGUAAUUGUAUGGUUUUCCACAAUAUUCUUAGUAUUCUUAGUAUUGAUUUCUUUCUUUCUUUUUUCUUUUCUUUUUUUUUUUUUUUUUGUUGUUGUUGUUGUUGUUGUUGUUGUUGCUGUGGUUCCAGAGUCUGGUUGGUAUAAUUUGUUGUUGUUGUAUUCUAAUUUGCUGAGAUUUGUUUUACAGCCAGUUUUUUGGUUGGUUUUAGAGUAUCUGCUAUGUUCAAAUGCGAAAAAAAAAUGUGUUUUGGGAGAGUUUUGUAGGUAUUAGUCAGGGCAUUUGGUCAAGCAUUGAGUUCUGAUCUUGAAUAUCUUUGUUAGCUUUCUGCCUUAAUAACUGGUCUAAUGCUGCCAGUGGUGUGUUGAAGUCUCCUGUUAUUAUUGUAUGGUUAUCUAAUCUCUUCAUAGGUCUGCAGUAACUUGUUUUAUGAAUCCCUGUGCUCCUGUAUUGUGUGCAUGUAUAUUUAGAAUACUUAGAUUUUCUUGAAUUGGACUCUACCAUUAUAUAAUGUUUUUAUUUUUGGAUAAUUGUUUAACAUCACUUUUAUCUGAAAUUAGAGAAACAACCCCAAUUUUUCAAUCCUUUUCAUUUGCUUGAAAGAUUUUUCUGUUUCUAUUUACUUUGACCGUAUGGGUGCUAAUGCAUGUGAGUUGAGUCUCUUGAAGACAGUAUAGAGUUAGAUCUUGCUUCUAUAUCCAAGUUAUCACUCUCACCUUUUAAUUGGGCAUUUAGUCCAUUUACAUUCAGAGUUAAUAAUGAUAUGUGAAGAUUUGGUUCUGCACCAUGUUGCUAGUUAAUAUGCAGAGUUGAUUGUAUCGUUAUUGCUUUUUAGUGCUAAUAGUCUUAUGUACUUAAAUGUGCUGUUGUCCAUACUUAGCACUUCUUUAAGGAUCUCUUGUAAGGCAGAUCUGGUAACAAAUUUUCUUAGCAUUUCCUUUUCUAAAAAUAAUCUUUUUUUCUCUUUCACUUCUGAGCUUAAUUUAGCUGGAUAUUAAAUUCUUGGUUGGAGUUUAUUUUCUUUAAGAAUGCUAAAUAUAUUCCCCAAUUCUCUUUGGCUUAUAAGGUUUCUGCUGACAGAUGAGUCACUUGCCUUUUCUCCCUAGAAAACAUUUUUUCUUUGAUUUCAACCCAGGAGAAUCUGAUGUCUACAUAUCUUGCAGAUGGUCAUCUUUUAUACUAUCUUGCAAUUGUUUUCCCCAUUUCUUGGAUUUAAAUGUUGGACUCUCAAGUGAGAUUAGAGAAAUUUAAAUGGAUGACAUCCUUACAUAUAUGUUUUGCAAGAUGCUUGCUUUAUCUCCCUUUUUUUUCAAGUAAGCCAAUGAGUUAUAGAUUUGGUCUUUUUUCCAUAAUUCCAUAUUUCUUGGUGGUUUUGUUCAUUCUUUUUCAUUUUUUAUUUUUUUGUGACUGAAUUAUUUUAGAGAACUGGCCUUUGAGCUCUGAGAUUCUUUUCUCCUGUCAGUCUUUCCUGUAGUAAAAGUUGAAAUUCUAUUAUGAUAUUCUUGAAAUUUGAUUUUCAGUUUUAUAAGAUUUUUUUUAUGGUCAUUUUUUCUUUCAAUUUUCUGUGUCAUUUUAUUGUAUUCCUUCCAUUCCUUUGAUUGGGUUUUGACUUUCUCCUGAAUCUCAACGACUUUUUUUUUUUUAAAUCUAUAUUCUGAAUUCUCUGUCUGUUUUUUCAGCCAUUUCAGCUUACCUAACAACCACUACUGGCAAACUACUGCAGUCAUUUGGAGAUAAGAAGACACUCUGACUUUUUGAGUUGCUAUAGUUUACAUGCUAGUUCUUUAUCAUUUGUGUGGACUGAUACUUCUUCAAUAUUUGAAGUUGCUGUUAUUUAGGUGCUUUUUUUUCAUUUCUUUUUUCACGCAAACCACCAUGGCACAUGUAUACCUAUGUAACAAACCUGCACAUUCUGCAUAUGUACCCCAGAACUUAAAAUUUUAUAAUAAAAAAUAAAAAAAUGUUCAGUUUAAUUAAAAUGGACAUUCAAGCUUUGAGUAUAUUCAAAAGGCCUUUAUGUUUUUCUCUUCCUAAAUCUUGUUUUCCUCGAAAAGGUUUUUUAUUCAGUCAAAAUUACUUUCCUCUACUCUGUCUUGCUACUCUUGGUGCAUGCAUAAAAGACCCUAGAAUUACUUCUGGUGGCAUGGGACUCCCUGGGAAAACAGAAAAGCUGCCACAAGUUCCAUUUUAGGAAAAAUAUCUGUUGUCCUUAUGGAGACCCUGGAAUAAAGGUGAAUAAGCACCUCUUAAAAUCUGCCUUUGUCUUCCAGCUAUGCUUGUGUAUUAAGCCCUGAAAAUUGUUUUCUUAGCUCUGUUCUUAAAGGGACUCAUCUGGAGGCCAAUAAUCCAAUUAAGAAAUGAGCAAAUGUAAAUCUUAUAACUACUGGAUCUUCUUCUGGUUGUCUGUGUGGCUAUAUAUUAUUAUGUGUGUAAUGUCUAUUAAAAAGAGCUCUAAUUAAUUAAUUGGCCCAAGAAAAAUAAGCACUUAAAUAUUUUUAAAGAAAAUAUUAAGCAAAGUAAUACUGUGUAUAUUGCCAUUUUACUUUAUUAUUCUGUUGAAGCAAAAUUGUAGGGUUGUAUUAUAUGUGUGUGCUUUUGCUAAAUGUCCCAGUUAGCUGUGCUGAGAUAUAACAGUACUAUUUAUGGUUUAAGUUUUGAUUCUUAGGUAUUUUCUCCAGCUUUGACAUUGUUUUGCAAAAACGCACUAAACUGUAUUGCGCAGUUCAAAAUUUACUUAAGGGAUCAAUCUAGGCAUUGUUCUUGGUCUUAAAUUUAAUAGCAAAUACAGGAAAUAUUCUGUUUCACUAUAUUAAUUUUAAUCACAUUAUAUAUAUAUAUAUAUCACUCUAUUAAUUUUCAAGGGUUUUUCUUUCACAUUUAAAACCGUGAUAACAAAUAUUCACCUUUAAUGUAUAUAAAGCCUUAAUGUCUUCAUUAAUAAUUUUAUUAUAAAAUUUCAUAAACCAUGUUUUUCAAAAUAAGUUUAUAACAAAUCCAGCUUCCCAGAAAUGCUAAUAGUUAAGUAUGUCAAUGUACUAAGUAAAUCAUUGACUUGUACCCAUUGGGAAUAUUUAGUGUUAUUGCCCUUUGCAGUGAAAAAAAUAAUAAAACCUUUCAUUUUUAAAAUUAGAUUAGAAAAUGUUACAUAACUUGGGAUUUUAAUAGUGUAUACACUAGCAUUAGUUUAUACACUACUUUUGCCACUGGGGAGUUCAAGUUGAAAUGUCCCUCAGUCAUAUAGCUGUGGAAUACAUCUUUCAUUCAUAACUUCUGCUCAGAUAAUUAAAUAUUUUGCCGUGUAGUUUAUUUUCACUUAUACUUUAAAACAAAAGCAAACUAGUUCAGUUUAAUUUUUGUAUGUAGAAUAUUGCACAUUUUCUAUAAGUGAGUCAUUAAGAUUAGUAUCUAUGUAGGUUCAGUCAGAUCCAACCAUGGGUUCAAGUUAUUAUACUAUAUAACCCUCUAAAAUACAUAGAAGUAUUACUACUUUGCCUUUAACAAAACCCAAGACUCUGUUUUAAUUUAUUAAUUCAGCAUUUGAGCAACAGAUUUUUAAUUCCCAAAGUUGGGAAAAAAUGAGAAAAUGAGGGAAGAAAAAACCAGUCCUUAGUGUCACAUUUUUUUCGCUUGGGGUUAUAAGUUAGAGUCUCCUUCUUUCCAGAACACUUUAUUAUAGUACACGUAUAGACUUGAUUUUUUUGUGUCAUUGUAUAACUCUCAUGCUGAAGGUCUAGCCUAAAAAAGCAAAAGAAAA